AUGCACGGUUAUCGAAAUAUAAUUCAUCUAUCAAUAUUUGGACUGAUCUUCAUAGAAAUUACUCGCGGGGAGCAUUACACGGAUACAUGGGCGGUGCACAUCGAAGGAGGCGUUAAAGAAGCGAGAACUUUGGCCGAAAAACACAACUUCGUUUAUUUGGGACAGAUCAUGCCGGAUUAUUAUCAUCUUCAACACAGAAAAGUAGCAAAAAGGUCACUGUAUUCCAGCUCAUAUUUUCACCGGACUCUGGCAUCAGAACCAAAUGUACGGUGGUUAGAACAACAAGUUGCUAAAAAAAGAAAAAGACGAAGUAUAUACUAUCCCCAUCAACUAUUUAAUGACCCAAAAUGGCCUCGGAUGUGGUACUUACAUCGAGGUGAAGGCCUAGAUAUGAAUGUACAGAGUGCCUGGGAUCAGGGAGUGACAGGCAAGGGUGUUGUCGUGACAAUAUUAGACGAUGGAAUAGAGAAAGAUCAUCCAGAUUUAGCACGAAAUUAUGAUGAGCGAGCUAGCUAUGAUGUAAACAGUCAUGAUCCAGAUCCACAACCUAGAUAUGAUUACACCAAUGAAAACAGGCAUGGCACUCGAUGUGCUGGGGAGGUGGCCGCUCAUGCCAAUAAUAAUAUCUGUAGCGUUGGAGUCGCUUAUGAAGCUAGCAUUGGUGGUGUGAGGAUGCUGGACGGUGAUGUCACAGAUUCAGUAGAAGCACAGUCUCUUAGUCUGAACCCAGAACAUAUCCAUGUUUACAGUGCUAGUUGGGGCCCUGAUGAUGACGGGCGCACAGUAGAUGGACCUGCUACCCUUGCUAGAAAAGCCUUCCAUGAUGGCAUUAAUUUGGGUCGUGGUGGACUGGGGUCCAUUUUUGUGUGGGCAUCGGGCAAUGGUGGUCGUGACUUUGAUAGCUGUAAUUGUGACGGUUACACCAACAGUAUCCACACCAUCUCCAUCAGCAGUGCUACAGAAAACGGCAACAUUCCAUGGUAUUCAGAGGCAUGUUCUUCUACACUCGCCACAACAUAUAGCAGUGGUUCUGGGGGUGAAAAACAAAUAGUAACUACCGAUUUAAGAAAGACCUGUACCGAGUCCCAUACAGGCACCUCAGCUAGUGCCCCUCUAGCUGCAGGAAUAUGUGCCUUGGCUUUACAGGCAAACCCUUCUUUAACAUGGAGAGAUUUACAGCAUAUUGUUGUAAUGACUGCCAAAAGGGGAAAUCUAAGAGCAGAGGAUUGGACGUACAAUGGAGUUAAUAGAAGUGUGAGUCAUUCCUUUGGUUUUGGUUUGAUGGAUGCUGGAGCCAUGGUGAGAUUGGCCAAAAACUGGACCACAGUGCCCCAGCAAAAUAUAUGUGAAAUCCGAUUACAGGAACGAAAUCGUCAGGUUCCAGCAAAUACUAAAAUAAGCGUUCCCCUGCACACAGAUGGGUGUAUUCGUACUGUAAAUCAAGUGAAAUACGUAGAGCAUGUGCAAGCUAGGAUAACCCUUUGUGCAAUCAGGAGAGGUGAGAUCUCAAUAUACCUAGUGUCUCCAAUGGGUACACGCUCAACCCUGUUAGCACGUCGACAGAGGGAUGUCUCACGAGAUGGAUUUAACAACUGGGCGUUCAUGACGACUCACAACUGGGGCGAGUACGCCAAAGGCACCUGGACUUUGGAGAUUGAAAAUGGUGGCAGUGCCAUGAGGGCGGCUAAGUUAGAUGAUUGGGUCCUGGUAUUGUAUGGCACAGAAACGGAUCCACUGCGCACAACCACCACCACCUCAACUACCACAAAGAUUACUCCCUUGAGAAAUAAUUCCCGAUCCCGUAAAACCGAAUUAAAACAAUGGACACUGGUUGUUAUGGGGACUCCUACCCAUCCUCAAAGCCGUAAUAUCACCUCACAGCCAGUGAAGAAAAAGCAACCGAUCAAGUGUGCUGGUAUCACUUCUCACGGCAUAUGCAUAGAAUGCCGUCCAGGAUUUUACAAGUUUGACGAUGGCUGUGUGGCCACUUGUCCAGAGUUUUACUAUGGUACCAUGGAGACAGUGCUGAUGGAUGGUAGUCAUAAUUCUUCUGGCUGGGCACCUCAAUACCAGAGGCAUGGCAUCUGUCAUUCUUGCCAUGAAGCAUGUCGGACUUGUAAAGGACCGUAUGUUGAGGACUGUUUUCAGUGUAGUGAGAGAUAUGAGAUCAAAGAUGGGUACUGCCACAAAAAACUGAUCAUGAAUUUCUUAGAUCCAGAUAUGCUAAGUUUCUUUGUCUGGGUGAUAAUUCUAUGCACGUCUGCCAUCUUGCUGUUUGGUGUGGUCUUUAUAGUUUUACAAGCCAGGGACCACAACAUCCUCUGCUGGCGUGGGGAAAAGGAAAGACAAUCGGAGGGGUCAAAAGGCAAAUACCGUGACGUGCCAACUCGUCCUGCGGAGGACCGAGAAAGUGACAUAGAUCAUUACCACACUGUGUUACAAAACAUUCACACACUUAACUCGUACAAUAACUCCAAGUAUAGCUUAAACCACAGUUACCCACCUUCGAGACAUUGA